GUAAUAUUCGCGCAUGCGUGAACAGAUCGAGUCUUCCGGCACCGAUCGGGUAGCGACGCCGACUGACCGACAGCAGGCUAGUUUGUGAACAAUGUUCCUGUCAAAAUGGGGCAGACCAUGUGUAUCUGCUCCCGCGGCUCCAUCACCAUCGAUAGCAAAAGAUAUUACUUCUUGCAGAAACUUGACGAGGGUGGUUUCAGCUACGUGGACCUGGUGGAGGGGGUGAAAGACGGGCGCUUCUACGCCCUGAAGAGGAUCCUGUGUCACGACCGAGAAGGUCGCCAGGAGGCCCAGACGGAGGUGGAGAUGCACCACAUGUUCAACCAUCCCAACAUCCUCAGCCUGGUGGCGCACACCUUUGUGGAGCGCAAUGGGAAGAGCGAAGCCUGGUUACUGUUGCCCUACAUACCAAAGGGCAGCCUGUGGUCCAUUCUGGAGAAGCUCCGAGAGAAGGGGAGCUCCAUGCCCGAACAACAGAUUCUCAAAAUACUGCGUGGGAUGUGUUCAGGACUCAAGGCCAUUCAUGACAAAGGUUAUGCACACAGAGAUCUUAAACCCACCAACGUGCUCCUGAACGAGGACGACAGUCCAGUCCUGAUGGACUUUGGCUCCAUGAACAAGGCACGCAUUGAGGUCCGAGGGUCCAGAGAAGCCAUGACGUUACAGGACUGGGCUGCUCAGCGCUGCACCAUUUCUUACCGUGCUCCUGAGCUCUUCAACGUCCAGAGCUACUGUGUCAUCGAUGAGCGAACAGACAUCUGGUCUCUGGGCUGUGUGUUGUACUCCAUGAUGGUGCUGGAGGGGCCCUAUGACCUCAUCUUCCAGAGAGGGGACAGUGUGGCCCUGGCAGUGCAGAACCCAGUCGUCCUCCCACAGCCGUGCAGCUACUCAGACGGACUUCAGCUGCUGCUGAGCUCCAUCAUGACAUCAAAUCAUGAAGAAAGGCCGAACGUCAGCUGGGUUCUGGAGCAGGUACAGGACUUGCACACUUGUGGCCCCAACACUCAAACCAACAUGGUCUGAGCGGGACCUUGAGCAGGCGAAUGGAAGAUGACAAAUCCAAAUCUAUUAUUUAUUGACCAGUGGUCAACUUGGUCUAUGAUUGACGGCUUCACACUCAACUUGUGAUCCAGACCUUCUCAAAAGGUUUUAUUCAUUAGAACAUCACUUCACCGCUUUCGCUUCAAAUGACAUUCCUUAUGUUUUUUUAAAUAUUCUUACGUGCCUUUUUGUUACAUGAGAUGAUGAAUUAUACGUUAGAGCAGAGGUGUCCACACUUUUCAUGUUUUGUAUUUUCACAACCAAUACAAUAUAUCGUUUUUGUUUUUAUUUGACCUUUAGAGCUCCCCUCAACUUUAAUUCCAGGGACCUGCAAAGGUCUCAAAUUAAAAAAAAAGUUAAAAAUAAGUCAUUUAUUUAAAAAAUACAACGUUUAAAUUUCAAGAUCAACUUCAGAUUUAUCUGUCGAUAUAAAGUAGUUUUUUGUUUUUUUGAUCUUUUGUGCCCUUUUUGUUAAGGAAAACCUUGUUUUUUUUAAUGGCAAAAACACAAAAUAUGCAACAUUUUCCACCAAAAAAUAAUUAAAGGUGAAUAUUUGAUGUGAAGUAAUUGGAGUCUUUCAUAACAACAGUCAUUUUGAUUCAUUAUUAUUUUUUGAGCAAUGACAGUUAGAAAAAAAUAACCACUAAAAUUCCCAGGGUUCCAAAAGUGUUUAAAAUAAGUUGUAUAUUAUUUAAAAUUUUUGUUUAUUUUCAACCCUUAAUGGGAAAGUGCACAUGUUAAUUUUUUUUUUUAAAUAACUUAUAUAUUUAAAAAAUUCAAUGUUUAAAUUACAAGAUCAACUUCAGAUCUAUCUGUCGAUAUAAAGUUUAUUUAAUUUUUUUUGUGUUUUGUGCCCUUUUUGUUAAAGAAAACCUUGUUUUUUUUAAUGGCAAAAACACAAAAUAUGCAACAUUUUCCACCAAAAAAUAAUUUAAGGUGAAUAUUUGAUGUGAAGUAAUUGGAGUCUUUCAUAACAACAGUCAUUUUAAUUCAUUAUUAUUUUUUGCGCAAUGACAGUUAAAAAAAAAAAAAACCCACUAAAAUUCCCAGGGUUCAAAAAGUGUUUAAAAUAAGUCGUAUAUUAUUUAAAAUUUCUGUUUAUUUUCAACCCUUAAUGGGAAAGUGCACGUUAAAAUUGUUUUUAAAAAUAAGUCAUUUAUUUUAAAAAUUCAACGUUUGAAUUUCAAGAUCAACUUCAGAUUUAUCUGUCGAUAUAAAGUUGUUUUUUGUUUUUUUGAUCUUUUGUGCCCUUUUUGUUAAGGAAAACCUUGGUUUUUUUAAUGGCAAAAACACAAAAUAUGCAACAUUUUCCACCAAAAAAUAAUUAAAGGUGAAUAUUUGAUGUGAAGUAAUUGGAGUCUUUCAUAACAACAGUCAUUUUGAUUCAUUAUUAUUUUUUAAGCAAUGACAGUUAGAAAAAAAUGACCACUAAAAUUCCCAGGGUUCCAAAAGUGUUUAAAAUAAGUCGUAUAUUAUUUAAAAUUUUUGUUUAUUUUCAACCCUUAAUGGGAAAGUGCACAUGUUAAUUUUUUUUUUUUUUAAAUAACUUAUAUAUUUAAAAAAUUCAACAAUUAAAUUUCAAGAUCAACUUCAGAUCUAUCUGUCGAUAUAAAGUUAAUUACAUUUUUUCAUGUUUUGUGCCCUUUUUGUUAAAGAAAACCUUGUUUUUUUUUAAUGGCAAAAACACAAAAUAUGCAACAUUUUCCACCGAAAAAUAAUUCAAAGUUGAAUAUUUGAUGUGAAGUAAUUGGAGUCUUUCAUAACAACAGUCAUUUUGAUUCAUUAUUAUUUUUUGAGCAAUGACAGUUAAAAAAAAACAAAAAAAAACAC